CAUGAUUUUGGGGUGCGAAAUCCCCACGGAUUGUAUUUAGUUAGUGGCCACUGCACUUCCACAAAGCAAAAACCAAAAGACUCUACACAAGGGUCCAGAACUCCGAUCCAAUUGAAUACCGAUCCAAAACAAUUUUCACGAGAAAACUAGAUGAAUAUUCCCUCUAACAACUUCCUUAAUAGAUUUUCUAUUGUCUCAUACUUUAUGUAAACUCAUCCUUCAUCCUCUAUUUUGAUUCUUAUGAAUAAAAAAGAAUAUUAAACUCUCCCAAUCUUAUUAAUGAUCUUUGAAAAACUUCAAUUAGAUAUAGCUAGCCAGACUCUUCGGUCUUCCCCAGAAAAUUUAUGUUUCAUAAUGCAGUUUCCUAUAUAUAGCAUCGAAGCCUCAUUUCUGUAAUUCCUUUUGAGUGCUUUUGGAUGCUGGGAAUGACUUCAAAACUCAACCAUAGAGAUGAUGGCUCUAAUGGGGAUAGUGCAUCAAAGCCAAUCCACUUUUUGAGGAUCAUGCACCCUGACAAUCUUCUGCAAGGAAAGCUAAGGCUUCCAGCAGAGUUUGUAAACAAAUAUGGAAAACACUUAUCCAACACAAUGUUUCUUAAGCUUCCAAACGGUGCAGAAUGGAGAGUAAAUUUGGAGAAACGUGAUGGUAGAGUUUGGUUUCAAGAAGGUUGGAAAAAGUUUGUGGAGCAUCACUCCCUUGCACAUGGGCACCUAUUGGUUUUCAAAUAUGAUGGAACAUUCCAUUUUCAUGUACUCAUCUUUGAUCCUAGUGCCAAUGAAAUAGACUACCCUGUUAACAAAGCAAAUCACAAAAGGGUCAGAAUUAGUAGUGAAGAAAUUCAACCUCCCACGACGUGCAAAACAAGUGGAAAUAAGAGGAGUAAUUCCAAUUUGCAGGACAAUGCCUUUCAUCAGAAAGUCAGAGACCACAAAGGUAGGUACGAAAGUCCAAGUGAAGGGAAAAGAAACAUGGAAGCUGCUGGGAGUAUUUCCUUCACAGUGAGAAUGAAAUCAAGCUCUAAGCAGCACAUGUAUCUUCCAAAGGACUCACUGAAGGGAUACAUCAAAGGUGGUGAACAAUAUGUCAAGCUUCUGGUUGGGGAGAGAUCAUGGAGGGUUAAAUUGGUCCAUUACAAAAAUCGAUCUUCAUGUUUCUUUAGUGCAAAUUGGCCAGCUUUUGCAAGGGAAAACGAUUUAAAAGAAGGAGAUGCUUGCUGGUUCCAACUCCUAAACAGUAGUGAUGACAUAGUGAUGAAUGUUACCAUUUCUAGAGAGGGACACUAACCUUAUGCAGUUCAAUUUUUUUUUUUCGUUUAACUUUAAUUUUCUUUUGUUGCUAUGAAAGCCUUAAGCUACAUUGUUUUGGAAAGGGUAAUUGUUUUAUAUAUAUAUAUAUAUAUCUAAAUGACAAGGCUGUUUUUUUCUUCA